GGCAGUUGAAAGGGUUGCCGUCCUUUACGUGCUGUGUAGUUACUUCAUUGCUUUUGCUCCUUCCGUCGCCGCCGUCGUCGUCGUGCUCCGUGAUCUUGUCUGGGAAUCUUGAGAUCGCGCAGGGCUCGUAGGAGAUGUGGCGCCGCUGCCUGCCGCAGACCUUGCUCUUCUCGAAGAAGGCAUCGUCGUCGAUCGGGGCGACGCCUAGAUUCCUCUCCAACAAUUCGGUUGGACAAUCUUCAUACACUAUCGUAGAUCACACAUAUGAUGCAGUCGUUGUUGGUGCUGGAGGUGCUGGCCUUAGAGCAGCUAUUGGUCUCUCGGAGCAUGGCUUCAACACAGCUUGCAUUACCAAGCUCUUUCCAACUCGCUCUCAUACAGUAGCCGCACAGGGUGGCAUAAAUGCAGCUCUGGGUAAUAUGUCAGAAGAUGAUUGGAGGUGGCAUAUGUAUGAUACCGUCAAAGGAAGUGAUUGGCUAGGUGAUCAAGAUGCCAUUCAGUAUAUGUGCAGAGAAGCACCAAAAGCAGUCAUUGAGCUGGAAAAUUAUGGUUUACCUUUCUCUCGGACUGAAGAUGGGAAAAUCUAUCAACGAGCUUUUGGAGGUCAAAGUUUGAAUUUUGGAAAAGGUGGCCAGGCAUAUCGUUGUGCAUGUGCUGCUGAUCGAACUGGUCAUGCGCUGUUGCACACACUAUAUGGUCAAGCGAUGAAGCAUAAUACUCAGUUUUUUGUUGAAUACUUUGCUUUGGAUCUUAUUAUGGAUAAGGAUGGGACUUGUCAGGGAGUGAUUGCCCUUAAUAUGGAGGAUGGGACACUUCAUCGUUUCCAUGCAACAAACACAAUUUUGGCCACUGGGGGUUAUGGUAGAGCUUACUUCUCUGCAACAUCGGCUCAUACAUGUACUGGAGAUGGCAAUGCCAUGGUUGCACGAGCUGGUUUACCCCUUGAGGAUCUUGAGUUUGUUCAGUUUCAUCCUACGGGCAUAUAUGGUGCUGGAUGCCUAAUUACUGAAGGAUCUCGAGGAGAAGGUGGUAUUCUUAGGAACAGUGAAGGUGAACGGUUUAUGGAACGAUAUGCUCCUACCGCAAAGGAUCUUGCAUCACGUGAUGUGGUUUCGAGAUCUAUGACAAUCGAGAUACGAGAAGGACGUGGUGUAGGACCGCUGAAGGAUCAUAUUUAUCUCCAUCUGAAUCAUUUGCCCCCGGAUGUUCUCAAGGAAAGACUUCCUGGGAUAUCCGAGACUGCUGCUAUUUUUGCUGGUGUCGAUGUCACUAAAGAACCCAUCCCUGUUUUACCCACUGUGCACUAUAAUAUGGGUGGAAUACCAACAAACUACCACGGGGAGGUGGUUCAGAUAAAGGGCAAUGAUCCUGAUGCAGUCGUUCCUGGUCUGAUGGCUGCUGGAGAGGCCGCUUGUGCAUCUGUUCAUGGAGCCAACCGACUUGGUGCAAAUUCACUCCUCGAUAUAGUGGUUUUUGGCAGAGCAUGUGCUAACAGAGUUGCCAAAAUCUGCAAACCAGGCCAGAAGCAGAAACCUCUAGAGAAAAAUGCUGCAGAAAAGACUAUUGCAUGGUUGGAUAAAUUAAGGAAUGCGAAUGGUUCAUUACCUACUUCAGAAAUACGUUUAAACAUGCAACGGGUGAUGCAAAAUAAUGCUGCUGUUUUUCGAACACAAGAAACACUUGAAGAAGGUUGUCAAUUGAUCGACAAGACAUGCGAAAGCUUUCACGAUGUUAAAGUCCAUGAUCGGAGUUUGAUAUGGAAUUCUGACUUGAUUGAGACCAUUGAGCUAGAAAAUCUUUUGAUUAAUGCAUCCAUAACAAUGCACUCUGCUGAGGCAAGAAAGGAAAGCCGAGGAGCUCAUGCUCGUGAAGAUUUUACGAAAAGAGAUGACCAGAACUGGAUGAAACAUACAUUGGGAUACUGGGAGAACGGAAAGGUGAGGCUUGCAUAUCGGCCUGUCCAUAUGAACACCUUGGAUGAUGGAAUCGAGUCCUUCCCGCCGAAAGCACGAGUUUACUAAGCUUGUAUGGAUUCCCACAUGUAUGGUGUUCCUAAACUGAUUGAGUUUUUAAUAAUGGAACAAUCUUCUUUUUUUUUUUUUUGUUGUAAUUCGUCAGAGAAAUCCUGAUAUGUAUGGACUACAUUCGAACCGUCUCAAAUGAGGCUCAACUUUGUAAUUUGACUCAAUUGAGGAUCAACUGCAUGAAUAAAUUCUGUAGGUUGGACUAAUUUUCCCCAA